CGCAGCCUCACGUCGGGUGAUCCACCCGGACCGAUGCACGAUCACGUCCCACCGCAACGUGCGCCUCUGGGGAUCUUACAACUCCUGCCCCCCCCCCCAAAAAAAACAAUCCAUCAGACAGCGUUGGGAAAGCAAACUGCAUCCUUGCAUCUCCUCCUCCGCAGACUCCAGAUCAGCCCGCGGCGCAAGGAGUUCCCUCCCCGGUGCUCCCGGUGCUCACAGCCUGCUGUGGAGAAACGGAUCCCCGCCGUCGAAUCGAGCCGUCGAGUCACAGUGUGAUGUGUCUCACCUUCCCUUGGCGGUCUGCGAGGGCAUGAGACUGCAAGGCCGGAGGGAUUUCUACCCUGACUCCUACCUGGAACUGGCCCCUCCUCCACCUGGUCCUGUUGCCUGGUUGCCCGGGGUCCUCAGCAAGGGAGUACGCCUUCGCCUGCGCUUGGAUCGCCUUGACAACCGUGGGCGGGGCUGCUGGCAGCUGGUGGAGUCGAAGGAGGAGUCUGAGCCUGUUGGGCCGAGGGGCCGGGCCCACGACACCUGCGCUCAAAGUCCGAUGAGUUCGCUGUACGCCGGCUCAGAGAUGCAGACUCCCGCUCUCGGCCCCCAGUUCACGGCGGGGCCCCAGGGAAAGGUGCCCGGCAGGAAGAGGGGACGGCCUCCCAUCCGUAAGCUGGAGUUCCAGGGUCACUACGUUGAGGCCCUCAAGGUGCCAAAGAAGAGAGGCAGAAAACCCGGCUUUAAGCUGAAGCCCAGGAUGGUGAUGUCCCCACUAGCUAACUCUCCUCCCAGCAGCACACCAGGACCCGAGAUGGGCUCCAUCCCUCAGGAUGCUGCCAUCGUCCCCCACUCUGCCACACCUCAGGUCCUGACAGCAGAGACGUCGAUGCCCGAUGACUUCUUGUGUGACCCACCGGUGGACUCCAAGCGCUACGCCGUAGACCCCAGCGACUCCGCCUUCAACGUCAUGACAUCGCAGUACCCACCAAAGCACUCCUACGGGCACCGUGGCAGCAGCUGCUCCACCCCGAUGGGCCUGUGCAGACAAGCAUCGAGCCCGGGGAGCUUCCAGGAUGCAAACAGGAAUGCCUACAGUCCGAUGCCGGACUCGGCCGACUGCAAGCGCCCUGCCGGCAAGGACCCGUCCGGCUGGAAUGUUGAGGAGGUCGUUCGGUUCAUCAAAGAUGCCGACCCCCAAGCCCUGGGACCCCACGCUGAGGCGUUCAGGAAGCACGAGAUAGACGGAGACGCUCUGCUCUUGCUGAAGAGUGAGAUGAUGAUGAAGUACCUGGGGCUGAAGCUGGGACCUGCACUUAAACUCUGUUACCACAUUGAGAGGCUUAAACAGAACCGGUUGUGAUUGUCUGCAGUGGAGCCGAACCGCUGAUCAACCUUUCACUGAAACUGCAUCGCUGCUGGUUGUAUGAAACAUUUCCAGCCAACAGCAAUGCACCAUGAAUGCCUUUUGGAUCCGGAUUCGUUGACAAAUUGGACUUAUUUUGACUAUUUGCAGCAGACGCAAUUAUUUCUUUAUCAUCUUUGUUCACUGGUUAUCUAUAUGGCUUUAGAUUGUAAAUAGCUUAACUCCACGAGGAUGGCAGCUGCUGAAUAUUGGAAUGGAACCUGCCCACUCCUCAAUCCUAAACACGGACGCUGUGCCAACACCUCCGAGGGCCGACGGGAAGCUGAACAAACACGUAUGGUGCUUUACCGAGACAUAAUAUUUAAACUUAAAUAAGUUUUUUUGCUGCAAUUUUGAAAUAAUGGUUUUGCUAGUUAGUUUUGUUGUGUUUUAAAUGUAUAAUAAUGUUGCCCCAGGUAGCACUCCUAGACACAAACUUUAACUUAUUACCGAUCUUGUCAACUUCCAAGUAUGGAAACCAUUUGAGUGGUUUUGAAACAUUAGAAUAUGAAAAACUGUAAAAAAAAAAAAGGUUUUGCCGCAGACCACUGCACAGUACGAGGGUGUUGCAUCAAUCAGAGGUGCAUAUAAUCACGCAGCGCUGAUAGGGACAAGAAGGAUAUGAGACGUAUACAUUGUUUUUGUGUUUUUUAAUAUGUUCUCAUGAUUUUAUUACAACAUGGUGCUCACUGAAACCGUUACUGCCACUACAAUCAAAAUACUUAACCAGUCUCCCACACUUACCACCAUGGUAAACAAACUGUUUACAUUCUUCUCAUGCAAUAGUUUUUAGUCAUUUUGAAUUAAAAAAAUAUGCAGUAUUUCAUCUCUAAACUGUAAAAAGUUAAAAACCAUUAAGUGAGAUAUCUUGAGCAUUAUCCUGUAUACAAAUGAAUGAUCAGUUACAUGCAGAAUAUGAAAAACUUGUGCAACUUUUGGUUAAUCUAACUGUACAGGGACCUACUUAUUAAUCACUUUAAUUGUCUGUGUUGUGUGUGCUUUGGCUCUGUGUUUUCAUAUCAGUCUGCAACACUUUUGUCAAUACUAAGUAUGUCUAUGAAUGAUGUAUUUCAUAACUGUCUUGAGCCUGAGGGAGCUUUCAGCAUUAAACUUUAGCAUUACCCGUUCCUAUUUUACAACUCGAUUCAAGUCACUUGCAGGAAAUGAGGCUAGGUGUUACAGCUACCCCAAACUAGAAAUUUCCAAAUAUUUUCCAUGUUUCCAUUUCCAUUUUUUUGCAUCAAACUUGUAACCUAUAUUAAAUCAAUUUGGACUUACGACCUUCCUUUCCUCUUCAAUGUGAUGUUUUUAAAAGAACCCUUUUUUCCAGAAAAAAUAAACUUUCAUGUUCAA